AUGGACUUCUUGAGCAGAGUAAAGUACAGCCCAUCAUUCAGGAUGUCGGAGACUCCCGCGAGACCCAUGAAAUAUCCUUACACAUUUACUGCUAAGAUCGCGCAGUUCCCUUUCAAAUUCUACGUUCAGAAUCAAUGGAUCUGGCGCUACUGGAUGAUUGGAAUCGCGGUAGCCACCCCCGUGUUCUACAAGAUCCACAAAAUGGCUAAUUCCCCUGAGAAUGUGAGCAAAUGGGCUGAGAUGAGGAAGAAGGAAGCUGCUGCACAUCAU